UGGGCAGCCAUGGCAUCAACAGCGUCGUCCUCGUCCGUCUUCUCGGCCUUCGACAAGGACGGCGACGGUAAGGUGUCGGCGGCCGAGCUGGGCGACUGCAUGGCGGCGGCGCUAGGCGAGGACGUUUCCGAGGAGGAGGCCGCGGCGAUCCUCGCAAUGGCAGACACCGACGGCGAUGGGCUGUUGGACCAUGACGAGUUCCUGGGGCUUUUUGGCCAGCCGGAGGAAGAAGAGAUGAGGAUCAGGUGUCUGAGGGAGGCGUUCGACGUGUACGCGGCAGAGGAGACGACGGUGAUCACGCCGGCGAGCCUGCGACGGACGCUGAGGCGGCUGGGGUCGCAGCAUCAGCAGCUGAGGGUGGAGGACUGCAGGGCCAUGAUCUGCAGGUUCGACCUCGACGGCGACGGCGUCCUCUCCUUCGACGAGUUCAGGGUCAUGAUGCUCAUGGCUUAGGAGGCUCCAUUAUUUCUUUCAUUGUUUUGUCAAUUAAUUAAACACUACUUACUGACUGUGUGCGCAUGU